UCCUGCCCCGCCCCGCCGGGUCCCAGUCCUCAGGCACGAGUCUCGCAGCCACAGCAACGGCCUCUCGGAGGCGGCCGGACAGAACCUCGACGGUCGAACCAACGACUGAAUCCCAGAGAACAGGACAGAUGGACACCUUCAGCACCAAGAGCCUGGCCCUCCAGGCCCAGAAGAAGCUCCUGAGCAAGAUGGCCUCCCGGACAGUGGCGUCCGCCUUCAUCGACGACACUAGUAGCGAGGUGCUGGACGAGCUGUAUCGCGCCACCAAGGAAUUCACCCGCAGCCGCAAGGAGGCCCAGAAGCUAGUCAAGAACCUGGUCAAGGUAGCAGUGAAGCUGGGCGUCCUGCUGCGCGCUGGGCAGCUGGGCGCCGAGGAGCUGGCGCGGCUGCAGCGCUUGCGGCAGCAGGCGCGCCGCCUGGCCAUGACCGCUGUCAGCUUCCACCAGGUGGACUUCACCUUCGACCGGCGCGUGCUGGCCGCCGCCCUGCUCGAGUGCCGGGACCUGCUGCACCAGGCGGCCGGGGCGCACCUGACCGCCAAGUCCCACGGCCGCAUCAACCACGUGUUCGGCCACCUGGCCAACUGCGACUUCCUGGCGGCGCUCUACGGCCCAGCCGAGCCCUACCCCUCCCACCUGCGCCGGAUCUGCGACGGCCUCACCCGGAUGCUGGAUGAGGACAGCAUAUGAUGACCUCCGACCCGCUGCGGUUGCUUGCGGGGGGCGGAGCUCGAAGUGGGACGGAGCUAACCCCUUCCUGUCUGACUCUGGCCAAUCACCCCUCCCCCAACACACACACACACAGGUGACUGUGCAGCUCCAAAGACCCGGGUCCCCUGUCCUCGGGCCCAAUCUCACCGGGCUCGGAGCCCGGCUCAGUCUGCCUGUGCCUGUGGCCUCCCCCAGGCACCUGGAGACCCCUGCCUGCUCUGGCACCAUCUGAACAAUGCCCCUUAAGCCACUGUCUGUACCCCUCAAAUCACUGGGUGUCUCUGACAGCUGGGGGCUUCUCCCUUCAGUGUUACUUGGGCAUUUUCAUUCCCGCAGAGGGUCACAGGGAACCGGGAGAAAGGGGGUGUUACAGAGUGAACUGUCUCACUCAACCCCACCUCCCAUUUCCCAGAUGGAAGUCCUAACCCCUGGGACCUGUGAAUGUGACCUGAUCUGAAAAUCGGGUGAUUGCUGAUGUAAGUGGUUGCAGUGCGUUCAUAUUGGAGCUGGGCAGCCCCUAAUCCACCAUGACUGGGGUCCUUUUGAGAAGGGGACAUGUGCACACAGAGUCAAGAGGGAGAAUGCUAUAUGAAGGUGGAGGCAGAGACUGGGCGGAUGUGACUACAAGACAAGUAAUGCCGAGAGCUGCAAGCCAGCACCAGAAGCUGGGAGAGAGCCUGGGACACUGGCCCGCCCCACACCUUGAUGUCGGGCCUCCUGAGCUGAGCAAACAAGCUUCCGUUGUCUCAGCCUCCCAGGCUGGGCACUUUGCUCCGCAGCUCAGAAAAUGAGGCCAGGGAGCUGUGGUGAGGGCUGUGGUGGGCUCAGGCCUACUGGGGAGGAUGCCCCUCUGUCUGCUUGGCAUCGUGGCCCUGACUCCCAGGAGGGAGGUGUUGGAGUGUGCCUCCAAUGCAGGCCAUUGGGAAAGCCAUCUGAGACACAUGCCUGUUUUUAAAGGAUCAUUUCAUAUUUGGAAAACAAAUACACAUAAACACUUGUUUUUAUAAGACAGGCCUCAGAGACAAAGCUCAACAAACCUUGGCUUUGGCAACACCCGGCAGGUGGGACAAUGCUUAACUUGGGGCGUGGAUGGACACGUCGGGGUGUGGGGGGUGUAUCUGCGAUUUGUUGGUCAGAAGUGGGCGCAGGUUGUAAGAUUGCAAAGCCCUCUGCAGCUCUGGCUGUGUCGGGUUGUUUUGAGCACCCUGGGGGAGGGGGAAGUGUCCAUUUCUGUACAACCUGGUCUGUUUAGGGGAAACGCUGCCAACAGGAGGGCUGCAGGCCGUAUUAGGUGAGAAGAUGGGUUUGCUUAGCCUCAUUCAGUGUUUGAGACAUUUGGAAUUAGUUGCCAACACUUGAAACCAAGGAAAUUGCACAUCCCAAUCUAUCAAUAGAUCUUGAAAACUCUAGAAAACUCACCUGCACUGCCCGUUGGUGAAGCUGCAGAGGCGGCCCAUCUUUGCUCUGCCACAGUCCUCACCACUCCCUUUUGCCUCUCCAUGGCCUGCUGGGCUGGCUGGUAGAUUAGGACCCCAGAUCCAGGGCUGCAUUUCUGUUUGGUUUCGGCUGCCCUGAAAAAGCCAAAGGCUUCCACCCAACAGUCAGCUGUUCCCCUCUCUACCUUCGACUUCCAAAGCAAACUUCCCCCCUUCGUGUGCCAAGAGACAGAUCCUCAAAUUCAAGAACAAACGUGUAUUUUGAUUACACCGAGAAGCCCCAGAUGAAACCCUUUGUCCUCUGCUCUGCUGGCUGAAGGACAUCCACGUGACAAGGCUUUGGACUUGUCGUCUUGACUCUCUUCAUACACUUGAGAUUUAAUUUAGGGAAAAAAAAAAAAAGAACCAGGACUUCCCUGGUUGUCCAGUGGCUAAGACUCCACACUUUCAAUGCAGGGGGCCCGGGUUCAGUCCCUGGUCAGGGAACUAGAUCCCCACAUGCCACAACAAAAACCUGGUGCAGCCAAAUAAAUAAAAAGAAUUU